AUGGUCACAACACCGCGCAAGCAACGCUCGUACACCAUAGCAGAGAAGCGGGAAGCGCUUCAGCUCAUUGAUGCUGUUGGGGAAGCUGCUGCGCUGCGGCAGUUAGGAUACCCUCGAUGCUAUCUGCGCGAUUGGGCUGCCAAAUUGGCCAAGGUUUUCGGCUACCGAGGCGCUCAGACUAACAAGACGCUUAAGGGACAGGGUAGGAAAGAAAUCAUCCCCUUAUCUCAUGCACUGGUAAAGUUUAUGAAGGAUAUGAGACGAGAUGAAGAGGUUGGUUAA